AAGACUUUAUGCUGUGAAAACAUUCCGAGGGUGGAUUGUUAAUGGAUUGAUAAAGGGCUCAGACAAAGAAAGACUGCAAAGUUAUUCAGUCAAUUAUGUGACAAUAAUGGAGGAAGAACAAAUGUUACUCCUGCAAUACAAUAUAGACUUUCCAGAACGCAGCUGUGAGGAGAAGGAGGAAAUGUCACAGAAGAACAUUAAAUUCAUGUGCAUAGCCUCAGAUACUGCAAGUCUAGUGAACGGACAUUAUUGCAUUAAUCUGCCUUUUAGAGAUGAGACUCUUAAAGUGCCAAACAAUCGUUGUGUUGCAGAACAACGUGCUAUUGGAAUUAAAAGGAAACUUACAAAGUAUCCAACAUUCCAUGAGGAUUACAAAAUUUUCAUGAAAGACAUUUUAGACACAGCAUAUGCCAUCAAGGUACCCACUGAACAGCAGACCCUUGAAAAAGAGAGAGUGUGGUACAUACCUCACCAUGGAGCAUAUCAUCCAAAGAAAAAUAAAAUCAGAGUGGUUUUUGACUGUACAGCCACUUACCAAGGCUUUCCCCUAAAUGAACAGUUGCUGAAAGGACCUGAUUUAACUAAUACACUAAUUGGAGUUCUUACAAGAUUCAGAGAUGAACCAAUAGCUCUCAUGGCAGACAUUAAAUCAAUGUUCUAUCAAGUGAAAGUUCCAGAUGAAGACACAGAUCUUCUUUGUUUCCUGUGGUGGCCUGAAGGUAAUCUAAACAAUGGACUAGAGGAAUACAAAAUGACAGUGCAUCUUUUUGGUGCUACUUCAUUACCGAGUUGUGCCUCUUAUGCCUUAAGAAGAACAGCAGAGGAUGCAAGAGACACAGCUCCAGAGGAAGCAGAUAACACUGUGCUGCAUAAUUUCUAUGUUGAUGACUGUUUAAAGUCAGUUGAUACAGAAGAACAAGCCAUAAAAUUGGCCAAAGGUCUUCAAGCCCUUUGCUUAAAGGGAGGAUUUUAUCUUACAAAAUGGAUAAGUAAUAGCAGAACAGUUUUGUUGUCUAUUCCUGAAGAAGACAGGGCAAUAGAUCAAAAGGACUUAGACUUAAACCAUGAUUUGUUACCUGUUGAAAGAGACUUAGGCGUUCAAUGGUGCACACAGACUGACAGUUUCAAGUUUCAGGUAAAGCUUCAAGAUAAACCUGCUACAAGACAUGGUAUUCUGUCAGUGGUCAGUUCAAUAUAUGACCCACUUGGAUUUUUAGCACCAGUCAUAUUGCUUGCUAAGCUUAUUCUAAGAGAACUGUGUAAAGAAAAAUAUGCUUGGAAUAAAGAUUUCAAAGAAGUGCUAAUGCAUCUGAAAGAAGAGAGAAAGGCAAUUCAAUAUACAGUCAGUCAAUCUGGACACAGCCCAGAAAGACAAAAAACACUAAUCACAGAACAUAUGAAGGAAUACAAAUCGACAAUGAGGCUGAAGCCACUGUCUCUAAAUGACUUGUUUAAAGCAGAAGACGAACUUCUUCGCCUCAGUCAACUAUAAGCUUACCCAGAGGAAGUUAAAGCCGUACGUAAAAAUCAGCUUGUAAUGAAAAGUAAAAUCAACAAACUGUACCCAGGCCUGCAAGAUGGAAUUUUGAGAGUUGGAGGAAGACUCAGCAAAUCUGCUAUGCCAGAAGAGGCAAAACACCCUGCAAUCAUUCAGAAGAAUUCACAUAUUGCUACUCUCAUUAUGCAACAAGUUCAUAAAGAAAUUGGACAUUGUGG